AUGUUCGCGAUCUUGGCAAAGAGUUCAAAGCCUGUCUACAACGACAUCACUCCCACCGUCUCCAAGAACUGGAGUGGACCCAUCGAGAUGCCCCAGUACACCAAGGCUUUGAUCGAGGCCUACAGCUGUGUCGGCGGCGAUGUCGGAUGCAACGCUGCCCCCGCCAACCCCACCGCUGCUGACACCUGGUCCGGCACCCGCAACAACCCUUAA